GUGAGGCAAAAGAAAGACCCUUAUUUUGGUGAUGGACAGAGGAAAAAAGACUGGCAUAACAAAGAAGCUAUAAGGAGGGACUCUGAGCGUGUAGGAAAUGGAGAACAGGGAAAACCUUACCCAAUGACUGAUGCAGAACGAGUGGACCAGGCAUACAGGGAAAAUGGCUUUAAUAUCUUCGUAAGUGAUAAAAUUUCUCUGAAUCGUUCUCUUCCAGACAUCAGACAUCCAAACUGCAAGAAUAAGCUGUACCUGGAGAAGCUCCCAAACACGAGUGUGAUAAUUCCAUUUCACAACGAGGGAUGGUCCUCGCUCCUCCGGACAGUGCACAGCGUCCUGAACCGCUCCCCUCCUGAGCUGAUAGCAGAGGUAGUGCUGGUGGAUGACUUCAGUGACAGAGAACACCUGAAGAAACGCCUGGAAGAUUAUAUGGCCCAGUUCCCCAAUGUAAGAAUCCUCCGAACCAAAAAGAGGGAAGGGCUGAUAAGGACUCGAAUGCUGGGGGCUUCUGUGGCCAUAGGGGAUGUCAUCACCUUCUUGGAUUCCCACUGUGAGGCCAAUGUGAACUGGCUGCCACCUCUGUUAGAUCGCAUUGCCCGAAACCGCAAGACCAUUGUUUGCCCCAUGAUUGAUGUUAUUGAUCAUGACCACUUUGGAUAUGAGACUCAGGCUGGAGAUGCAAUGAGAGGUGCAUUUGACUGGGAGAUGUAUUACAAGAGGAUCCCUAUUCCUCCUGAGUUACAGAAACCUGAUCCCAGUGAUCCUUUUGAGUCUCCUGUAAUGGCUGGAGGACUGUUUGCAGUCGAUAGAAAGUGGUUCUGGGAGCUGGGAGGGUAUGAUGCAGGUCUGGAGAUAUGGGGAGGAGAGCAGUAUGAAAUAUCCUUUAAGGUAUGGAUGUGUGGGGGUCGCAUGGAGGACAUCCCUUGCUCCAGAGUUGGUCAUAUCUACAGAAAAUAUGUUCCAUACAAGGUUCCAACAGGAGUAAGCCUGGCAAGAAACCUGAAGCGGGUGGCUGAGGUGUGGAUGGAUGAAUAUGCAGAGUACAUUUACCAGCGCCGCCCAGAGUACCGGCACCUCUCUGCAGGGGACGUGGCUGCUCAGAAGGAGCUUCGCAACAGCCUCAAUUGCAAAAGCUUCAAGUGGUUCAUGAACGAGGUCGCCUGGGACUUGCCAAAGUUUUACCCCCCGGUGGAGCCUCCGGCAGCUGCUUGGGGAGAGAUACGCAAUGUGGGAACUGGUCUGUGUGUGGAUACGAAGCAUGGAGCCCUGGGAUCCCCACUGAGGCUGGAAAGCUGUGUGAAGGACAAAGGAGAGGCAGCAUGGAAUAACGUGCAGGUAUUCACGUUCAGCUGGAGAGAAGACAUCCGUCCUGGGGAUCCUCAGCACACCAAGAAGUUUUGUUUUGAUGCCAUUUCCCACAGCAGCCCUGUUACCCUCUAUGACUGUCAUGGAAUGAAGGGAAAUCAGCUCUGGAGAUACCGAAAAGACAAGACCCUCUACCAUCCAGUAAGCAGCAGCUGUAUGGACUGCAGUGAGAGUGACCGAAAAAUCUUUAUGAACAGCUGCAACCCUUCAUCUCCAACACAGCAGUGGAUAUUUGAACAUACAAACUCGACUGUCUUGGAAAAGUUUAACAGAAAUCUUGAUCUUUAAAGACUGAUUAUAUAUAUAUAUAUAUAUAUUUUACAAUUACAGUUUUUACUGGGGAGGGUUACAAAAAUUUUUUUAAGAACACUUUUUUUUAAACAGUUAAUGAAGGUAAAAGGGAGAAUCUCAGGAGAAGGUAAAUUAGCUGGCCAGUCUUUAUUGCAAAGAUGCUACAUCCUUCUCUUCUGGGGAUGGUGAAUUUUUCAAGGCUUUGCCAGAACCACCACUUCUGUGCUGAGGCUGAACAGAAACUCUGUUUUUAGAGGAGUCUGAAUGUGAUUCAAAUGGCUUUUUUUUUUUUUUUUAAUUGUUUUGUUUCCCACCUGGGUCUGUUGUUAAAUGAUUUUAUCUGGGACACUCCAGGACUUUUUGUAGCUGCUAUACUACCCACUGAAGCAUUCCCACAUAGGUGCUUCAUCUUCUAAAGUUCACCUAAGUAAAAUUUUGGGUGCAAGGUUUAAUCCUCUGACAUCGUAGACAUAAGAAAGAGGACUACCAAAAUGGGACAUGAAAUUAAUAUUUCAAUUUUUUUUCCCCUAAACUCAAAGAUAUUUCAGACAGGUUGAGUGUACAUUGAGUAUUAUUACUUUUCAAAUCAUAGCUCUGAUAAAGGAAUGAGCUCAUAGUGAAAGUGAAGUCAAGUGUUGGGAAUAUUGCUGCAGUUAUUAAUGAAGAGGAAUGUGGGUUUAUGGUCCAUGCACUUUGCAGUUAGUUUGUCACUCACUGUUGAACCUUCAAGGUGAAAGAUUAGCAGUCUAUUUAAGUAAACACAGUUCUUACAAGUAAAGUUUUUUUUGCUUAGUCUUUUGUGAUCAAGUUUCAAAUUUGCCUCCUACUCAGCAUCUUUUUUGCAUGAACAUUUCUAAGGUUUUCAGAGUUAAAUCUACUACAUGAAGACAACUUACAUUUUUCCUUUAGCAUUUUGGAGGCUGACUUAAUUUACAGUUGGUGUGAGCAGAAUAAUUCAAGAUAAUUAAGUCAGAGUAGACAUUGGCCAUUGGUCUUUAUCCAUUUGUUCUUCAGUCAGUAGUUUGUUGCAGUCAUGAGUUUGGUCAGUAGUGUUCUAGCUUUGUGGGAAUGUGCUAUUAAUAUAUCCUCCUUUUCCAACAUCCACAGCACUGUGCAGUUUACUGUCACUGGAAAUGUGUUUGCUUAAGCAGAGAGAUGGGAUUGAUGGCCAGUUUCAUAGUGCCAUGUGUCCAGAAACAAACAAGCAGGCUCCUUCUCUGCAGAGUCCCAGGAGAAACUUCUGAUAUUGCCAAUCCUAGGAUCAGAUGUCUUUGAGGCCAUGUAGUGCUGUGUCUGUCAGCUGGGAGCAGACUUAAGACACAGCUACCUGCCUCUUAAGUCCAGUGUAGUGACUAUGAGGCUCAAAAUAAUUUCUCAAUUUACUUGGCCCAUGCAGUCACAAAGCAAGGGAAACAAGGGCACUGCGUUGCAGCUGGGACCAAGCUUGCCAGAUCUGUUGGUGUCUAACACUUCAGUAGUGAAGAAAGAAAAAAGCUCUGGGUUGUCCCUGUAACAGUUUUGCAGGAGCAUUGCUAUGGAAGUGAGACAAAUGUCAGACCUGACAUCUUUCUUAUGUUGUAGCUACAACACGUCUGUCAUUAGGAGCCUUUUUAAUUUCUGUGAGAGACAGAGCCACUUUCCAGUGCUUUGUGUCUGACUGGUGCUUUCCUUAAAUUAUUUGUGCUCUCAUUAGUCUAGUAGUGCUGGUUGUUGAUUGCUGGAUGGACUAGAUGUCUUUAUGAAUGUUUUAAUACCUGUGGAACAAGAAGCUGUUUGUCUAUGAGCAGUGCUAGUUUUUUAUAACUGGGACACAAUCAGCAAAUUGUAUAAAUGGACUGCAGGUCAUUCUGCUUGCAGCUUGCAACUGUGUGUGUCUUAGUUUUCUAAUAAGAGGAUUAGCUUCUGUUUCUAAAAUGCAUGGCUUGCUUUGUACUUGGGCUCACCUUGUAAAGAGAGUCCCAGCUGCUUGGCUUGCUGGAUGCUUGCUUCAGAGAGAACUGCAGUACCAAACAGAUCUUUUACCACUUAAUGAUCUUAAUCUGCAGAGAAAGGACAGCUCUUAGCAGUAUGCACCAAAACAGUAGGUGGUUGUUGAGGCAAUUCCUGUUUGAUAACUGACCAGUACGUGAAA